UUGCCGUGGAAGCUGCACGAUGAAAAAUGGCUGGAUUAGCUUGCUGUGGAAGCUUCAUACAAACACGGAGGAGCGAACUUGUAUUUAUUGGCCCACGCGGGCGGCCCAAAUCCCAAUCCCACUCGAUGAAACGCCUCCAGCUCCAGCCCACCUCGGCGUCGCCGGCGCCGGCGCUGGAGGACGACGACCUUCUGGCGGAGUUCCUCCUCCGUCUCCCACCGCAGCCCUCGACGCUCCCGCGCGUGGGCCUCGUGUGCAAGCGCUGGCGCCGCCUCGUCACCGACCCGCGGUUCGUCCGCCGAUUCCGCGCGUUCCACCGCCGGACGCCUCCGCUCCACGGCUUCAUCAUGCGCAGCGGCCUCUUCUUCCCUACCCAGGAGCCGCCGGACCGGCUCCCGCCCUCCCGCUUCUGGCGGGACCGGUGGUGCGGCGAGCCCGACUUCCAAUACCACUGGGGAGUACACUGCUGCCGCCACGGGCUCGUCCUCUGCUGCCGAGGCGGCGAGGAGGAGUUCGCCAGCGAGUUCAUAGUGGUCGACCCCGUGACCACCGGGCACCGGAGCCGCCGCCGCGUCGGCAUCCUACAGCACGAGGGAGCGUACCUCGUCGCCUCGACGGUGGUCUCUGUCGCGGGCGGCGGCGCCGACCGCCGCGCGUUCCUCGUCGUCGCGCUGCUCGCCCAUGACUACGAGACUAGACUGACCGCCUCCGUUUACUCGUCGGAGUCAGGCGCCUGGGCCAGUUCCGAUUCCGACGCCGCCGUGGUUCCUCCGUCUCCUGUGAUCCCGCUGCUUCAACCUAGCAGCCUUGUCGGCAACGCCAUCUACUGGUUUCUCUUCGACGGCGAGAUCGUCCGCUUCGAUCUGGGAAGACGGAGGCUCUCCAUGAUCGAGCAACGGCCGCGUCCGCCGGACGUGCCUCCAGGCCGACCAGACGUGCAGGUGCCGUGGAUCAAUCUGGAUUUCAGGUCUUGGAUCCUGCCGGCAGCUGGCGACGGCGAUGGCCAUGGCCGCCGCUUUUGUCUGGCCGUUUUGUCUCGGCGUAGCAUCGAGUUCUGGGAGAGGGAGGCAGAGCUUAGCGACGACGACGACGACGACGACGAUGCUGCUGCUGCGAAGAAAUGGGUGCUGUGCAGGACAGUUCAGCUGGAGAAGGUUCUUCCAGUGAAGUUGGAGGAGCAUGCGCAGACGACGAUGCUGCUGCCACUGCCAUUACCACUAGGGAUAAGCGGGUUCGACGAGGAGAGCAAUGCCAUCUUUGUAUGGACAGAUGAUGGUGUCUUCAUGAGCGACAUCGAGUCGACGACGACGAUGCAGUUCAAGAAAGUGUUGGACAGACAAAUCACCCGAUGUUAUCUUCAUCCCUACUCAAGCGUUUGAUUUGAGAGUUGCAGGUUACGGACAGAUGAUGGUGUCUCUUGCGAUUGCGGUUCACACGUACGUCAGAGAGUGUGCAAUCUUUUCUAUAAAUAAGAGCAACUCCAACCAUUAUGCAAAUGGACUUGGCAUUUACCAAAA